CCCACAGUCAAUAUCUCGACACGCGCUCCCGCCACGCGUUUGUUAUCAUUGCAUUCUAAAUCGUUUUGACUGUUGCCUCAUGUCAUUUUUCCACCGUUCUCGCGAAGCACAUUACAAUAUUAUCCGUGUCGCGUUUUGUAAACGUCGCGAGCUCAGCUGUAUAGUACGCUUCUGGUGACGUAAACUCGCGAGUAACCAAAAUACGAGUGCAUAAUAUUUGUCUCGUGCGUCUUAAUCUGUUAACUAGUUUUUAUUUAUUAUUUAUUUUCGAAGAACAAAAACGAGGACGUAACUGAUCUCAUCGUUAUAAUUGAUCGCGAGAAAUGAGAGGAGACGAGAACAACGGCGGUACGGCCGCACAACCGCCGCUGGCCGGUCUGCAGCCGCUGAAACGGUACAACGCCGCCACGAACAGCGCGUACGCCGCGGACGGCCGGCCAUCGAUGCGGUCGUCGUCGCUCUUGGCCCGGUCCGACCACCGGUGGCCGGCCACCGCGGCGGACGCGAUCGCCGUCCUGCUGUCCGUGGCCGUGGCCUGGUGUCUGCUCCGCGUCAACGUGACGCCGUCGCUGAUGGCCGUGCCCGGCGGCAGCGUGGCGUCCAUGUUCAUGCUGUACGUGGCCGGGCUGGCCGCGGGCCACGCCGUGGACGCGGCGGGCGGCCUUCCGCCCCUGUUGGGCAUGAUGCUGGCCGGCAUCGCUCUGCAAAACUUCGGCCUGUACACCGUCACCGCCCCCUGGUGCGUCCACCUGGUGGCGAUCAUGCGAGAGGCUGCGCUGUCGGUGAUCUUGAUCAAAGGCGGCUUGGAAAUGAACGCGGCCCAGUUACGCCGGCUCAGCGGUGCCGUGACCAGACUGGCGCUGUUGCCGUGCGUGGCCGAAGCGGCGGCGGCGGCCGUAGCGGCUCAUUACAUUUUGCCCAAUUUCUCCUGGGAAUGGGGUCUGAUGCUCGGGUUCGUCUUGUCAGCCGUCAGUCCGGCUGUAUUAGUGCCGAAUCUGUUACGAUUGAAGCAUAUGGGUUAUGGGGAAAAAAACGGAGUCAACACGUUGGUGAUAGCUGCAUCGAGUUUAGACGACAUCGUGUCAAUCAGCGCUUUUGGGGUUUUGUCGGGCAUCGUCUUUUCAACUGGUGACUUAACCAGUAAGAUCGUUCAAGGGCCUGAAGACGUCUGCAUUGGGACUGCAUUAGGACUUGUGUGGGGAUUCCUUUUAAUUUUUGUGCCACCCGCACCGUGGGCAAACGUAUCUUACACCACCCGAAAAGGUUCACUACAAAAUAACGACCAGAAUCGUGAAAAACAAGCGGAAAAAUCGGUAACAGCGAAGAGAGCAUUUCUGUUAGGCUCCGGUGGUUUUCUGGCCGUGACCGGCAGUCAGUGGUACGGAUAUCCGGGAGCUGGUCCUCUAGCUUGUAUCAUAUCGUCGUUCGUUGCGGGCACCGGUUGGAAGUGGAGAGAAGAAAAGCAGAACUGUAACAGAUCGACCAUAGUAUUGUCACACGACGACGUACAAGAUGGAGCCCACAACAAAUCUAACCCAGUUGAAGCGGUGUUCGAAUGUAUUUGGUUCGGACUCCAACCGAUUCUAUUUGCGUCUAUAGGCACUGAAGUCAAAUUCGAACUUCUCAAGGGUGGCGACAUAGUCAUCGCUGGACUGUUAGUACUCGUUUGUGGAUUGAUAGUGCGUUUGAUUGUAACGUCGUGUGCAGUUUGGGGAGCAGGACUCAACUUUAAAGAAGUAAUAUUCAUUAAUAUCGCGUGGCUUCCCAAAGCAACUGUACAGGCCGCUCUUGCUCCGGUAGCGUUGGAAAUGGCGAGAAUGAUGGGGACAGACGAAGAUAUGGAAAGUGCUAGUCGAUUGUUGACCAUCUCUGUUAUCUCCAUACUAGUCACAGCCCCUAUAGGGGCAUUCGGCAUUCAGUGGUUUGGUCCCAGGUUGUUAUCUCACUCCGAUAGAUAACCGAACACUUCGUCUUAGAACGCAUGAAAUACAACUCGUACACGUCCACUUGCGUGUUUAUUGUUUUACCAUUUAUUAAAUUAUAAUUUUAUUUAUUAUAACGUAUACUACCUAUAUAAUA